AUGCAACCCCAGUAUGACGAGCUUGACCCAGAAGGCAAGAUCCUUACUUUCGCUGACAAGGGGUUUCGAACAUGGAUCAGGAUUCAGGAGACUACAAUUGAUACUGCACAGAUAGCCUACAUUACUUUCUUGUUGAAUGUUUGGUAUGUAACUGAAAAUCCAGUUCUCACUGAGAAGAUACUCAGAGUCCAACCAAAUGUGAAGAAGAUGUACUUGCUAAUAAGAGCUCCAAAUUCAAAUUCAGCUAAACAACGCUUUAACAACGAGGUUAUAAAAACUGAUCUGUUCGGAGUCCUGAGGGAGAAGUUGGGCGCCAACCUACAUGGCUUUAUAGAAGACAAAGUUUUCCCAGUUGCAGGGGAUAUAGAUUGCGAUAGUUUGGGGAUAAAUUCGGAGCUGAAAGAUGAGAUGUGCAGAGAAAUAGACAUAAUUGUAAACUCAGCUGCAACAACUAGAUUUGAUGAAAGAUAUGAUACUGCAAUAAGGACCAAUGUAUUGGGUGCCAUGCAUGUUCUCAAUUUUUCCAAGCAAUGUUCAAAACUUAUGAUGCUUUUCCAUGUAAGCACAGCCUAUGUUUGUGGGGAAAAGGAAGGAUUGAUACUAGAGAAGCCAUUGAACUACUGUGAGACGCUUAAUGGAAGCUCUCACUUAGACAUAGACAUGGAGCAGAAGUUGGUAGAGGAGGCACUAAAGGAACUUCAAGAUAGAAAUGCCACUGAAAAAGAAGUUAGGCUAGCUAUGAGAGUUCUAGGUAUUGAGAGGGCAAGGCAACAUGGAUGGCCAAACACAUACACAUUCACAAAAUCAAUGGGAGAGAUGCUUUUGGGACACCUCAAGGAGGAUCUCCAACUCAUAAUUCUACGGCCAACAAUUAUAUUGAGCACCUACAAGGAGCCAUUCCCUGGAUGGAUUGAAGGAAUGAGAACCGCGGACACGUUCAUUGUUGGCUAUGGUAAAGGAAAACAGAAACUUGCAAUGGGUGGCAGAGAAACCAUAACAGAUGUGAUUCCAGCUGAUAUGGUCGUAAACUCAGUCAUUGCGGCAAUGGUAGCCCAUCGAAAUCCAUCUUCCCGUGUAGCUGUUUACCAUAUUAGGAGGAAUCAAAUCAAACUUGGUGAUUUUAUACGAAUUGGCGUUGAUUACUUCAAGAAGAAUCCAUGGAUUGACGAAAGAGGAAAGGCAGUCAAAGUGAAGAAAUUUCACUUACUGGAUAGCCUUCACAAAUAUAUAGCAAUCCACUACAUGCAAACAAGGUUAGGUUUGCAUAGUAAAAGAGGGAAUAGGAAGGAGCGAUGA